UGGGACCCGCCACCGCGGCCCCCGCUCGGCCACGGCCACCGUCUGAGCGCCAGCCUCGCCCCCUGUCCGAGAGCAGCCAAGGCUGGAUACAUUUUUAAAAAGCCGAACUGCAAACAACUCUGGCGAUGCCAAAAUUCCCCUCCGAGUGACAGGGCUUGGGAGGAGGCUGCCUCCGGCUGUGCUAGCUCUCGGGUCGCCUGUGCCUCCUCGGCGACUAAGAAAGGCUGUGUGCCCUGACAAGAGGGAUUUGGAAAUUAGUGGGAAAGCUGCACUCAACUCUAUCGUGACCUCAAACUCUGUGGACCGGUUAAGAGAAUAUCUACGUAUUGGAAGCAAAGUCGUGGUCAAGGAAGAUCGGCAUCGGAGGAUGGAAGUUUUCCCCUUGCUCUUGUUUCUGUCCCUCUGGUGGUCUCGAACCUGGGACCUGGCGACCGCUGAUUCCAUCAUCCACAUCGGAGCAAUUUUUGAUGAAUCUGCUAAAAAAGAUGAUGAAGUAUUCCGUACAGCAGUUGGUGACCUCAAUCAGAAUGAGGAAAUCUUACAGACUGAGAAAAUCACAUUUUCAGUGACGUUUGUUGAUGGCAACAACCCUUUUCAAGCUGUUCAAGAAGCCUGUGAACUCAUGAACCAAGGCAUCUUGGCUCUGGUCAGCUCCAUUGGUUGCACAUCAGCUGGGUCCCUCCAGUCUUUGGCAGAUGCCAUGCAUAUCCCACACCUCUUCAUUCAGCGCUCAACAGCUGGCACCCCAAGAAGUGGCUGUGGUCUCACGCGCAGCAACAGGAAUGAUGACUACACUCUUUCAGUACGUCCACCUGUCUACUUGAAUGAAGUCAUCUUAAGAGUAGUCACCGAGUAUGCAUGGCAGAAAUUCAUCAUCUUCUAUGACAGUGAAUAUGAUAUUCGUGGGAUACAGGAAUUUUUGGACAAAGUAUCCCAGCAGGGAAUGGAUGUUGCCCUUCAAAAGGUAGAAAACAACAUCAACAAGAUGAUCACCACCCUCUUUGACACCAUGAGGAUAGAGGAGUUGAAUCGCUACAGAGACACCCUUAGGAGAGCCAUCCUUGUUAUGAAUCCUGCCACUGCCAAAUCCUUCAUAAGUGAGGUGGUGGAGACUAAUCUGGUUGCUUUUGACUGUCACUGGAUCAUUAUAAAUGAGGAAAUAAAUGACAUGGAUGUCCAGGAACUUGUCAGAAGGUCCAUUGGAAGGUUAACAAUUAUUCGCCAGACAUUUCCUGUCCCUCAGAAUAUAAGUCAGCGCUGUUUCCGUGGCAACCAUCGAAUCUCUUCAACACUGUGUGAUCCCAAGGAUCCCUUCGCGCAGAAUAUGGAGAUUUCUAACCUUUACAUCUACGACACGGUGCUUCUCCUUGCAAAUGCUUUCCAUAAGAAGCUGGAGGACCGGAAGUGGCACAGCAUGGCAAGCUUGUCCUGUAUCAGAAAAAACUCGAAGCCCUGGCAGGGAGGGAGGUCCAUGCUGGAGACCAUCAAGAAGGGUGGAGUUAAUGGAUUGACUGGAGAGCUAGAAUUUGCAGAAAAUGGAGGUAACCCCAAUGUGCACUUUGAAAUCCUUGGAACUAACUAUGGAGAAGAACUUGGCAGAGGUGUCCGUAAACUUGGGUGCUGGAAUCCUGUCACUGGUCUGAAUGGGUCACUGACUGACAAGAAACUGGAGAAUAACAUGCGGGGCGUGGUUCUACGUGUGGUGACUGUACUGGAGGAGCCUUUUGUAAUGGUCUCUGAAAAUGUGUUGGGAAAACCGAAGAAAUACCAGGGCUUCUCCAUUGAUGUUUUGGAUGCCCUAUCUAACUACCUGGGUUUUAACUACGAAAUUUAUGUUGCACCAGACCACAAAUAUGGAAGCCCACAGGAAGAUGGGACUUGGAAUGGAUUGGUAGGAGAACUUGUUUUUAAGAGAGCUGACAUUGGGAUUUCUGCUUUAACCAUUACUCCAGACCGAGAGAAUGUUGUUGAUUUUACAACACGUUACAUGGACUAUUCCGUGGGGGUCCUACUUCGAAGGGCAGAAAAGACAGUGGAUAUGUUUGCCUGUCUUGCACCAUUUGAUCUGUCUCUGUGGGCCUGUAUUGCUGGCACGGUGCUUCUUGUGGGACUACUGGUCUACCUCUUGAACUGGCUUAAUCCCCCACGAUUGCAAAUGGGAUCAAUGACAUCUACUACACUCUACAACUCCAUGUGGUUUGUGUAUGGAUCCUUUGUUCAGCAAGGUGGGGAAGUCCCAUACACAACUCUGGCAACCCGAAUGAUGAUGGGGGCAUGGUGGUUAUUUGCUCUGAUUGUCAUCUCAUCAUAUACAGCAAACCUUGCUGCUUUCCUCACUAUCACCCGCAUUGAGAGCUCCAUCCAAUCUCUUCAGGAUCUGUCCAAGCAAACAGAUAUCCCAUAUGGCACAGUCCUGGACUCAGCAGUGUAUCAGCAUGUUCGCAUGAAGGGGUUGAACCCUUUCGAAAGGGAUAGCAUGUAUUCUCAGAUGUGGAGAAUGAUCAACCGAAGCAAUGGGUCGGAGAACAAUGUUCUGGAGUCCCAAGCAGGCAUCCAAAAGGUAAAAUAUGGAAACUAUGCUUUUGUAUGGGAUGCAGCUGUAUUGGAAUAUGUGGCUAUCAAUGACCCAGACUGUUCCUUCUAUACUGUUGGGAAUACUGUUGCGGACCGGGGAUAUGGCAUCGCACUGCAACAUGGCAGCCCUUACCGAGACGUCUUUUCACAAAGGAUCCUGGAGCUGCAGCAGAGUGGAGACAUGGACAUCCUCAAGCACAAGUGGUGGCCUAAGAAUGGCCAGUGUGACCUGUACUCCUCAGUAGAUGCAAAACAGAAGGGAGGAGCCCUGGACAUCAAGAGCCUGGCAGGCGUUUUCUGCAUCCUGGCUGCGGGGAUCGUGCUCUCCUGCCUCAUAGCAGUGUUGGAGACGUGGUGGAGCCGGAGGAAGGGCUCUCGAGUCCCAUCCAAAGAGGAUGACAAGGAAAUUGACCUGGAGCACCUUCAUAGACGUGUAAAUAGCUUGUGCACAGAUGACGACAGCCCCCAUAAACAGUUUUCCACCUCGUCAAUUGACUUGACCCCUCUGGACAUUGACACUUUGCCAACACGACAAGCCCUGGAGCAGAUCAGUGAUUUCAGAAACACUCACAUCACCACCACCACCUUCAUCCCAGAACAGAUCCAGACUCUUAGCCGCACACUCUCAGCGAAGGCUGCCUCUGGCUUCGCUUUCGGCAGUGUGCCAGAGCACCGAACUGGCCCUUUUAGGCACAGGGCCCCUAAUGGGGGCUUUUUCAGGAGUCCUAUCAAAACAAUGUCAUCUAUUCCUUAUCAGCCUACUCCUACCCUGGGGCUGAAUCUGGGCAGUGACCCUGACCGAGGCACGUCCAUUUGAGCAGCGACAGCUCCGCCUAUCCUAGGACUCCCCCCAAAGGAGCAACUGUAAUGUGGGACUAACAUGGAUGUGACGUUUUAUUUAAACAGAAAUCAGGAUAAUUAGUAACAAUUCUAGUUCUUUUUCCUCACACCCUUUCCUGCUCUAUUGCUUUUUUCUCUCUCUUUCUCCCUCUCUCUAUCACCCUCCAUUUUUUUUCAUUACUCAAUUUGUUCCCCAAGAAUAUAGUAUUCUAGGAUCCUAUUAGUCUGCUUUUCAUACGCUGUACUUCAAAUCUAGGGAAUGAGCACUGGGUCACUGAGAGCGCUCGCAGGGUUGACUUUGAAUACAGGGCUCCCACACACCGUUCCUCUGUUUUGAAACUAUAAUUGCAAUAACUCCAGUCUUUUUCCAUCAUCAGCUGCAUCCUUAGGAUUCUCCACUGUUGUCGGGUGUCCUUUAACUGUGGACCAAAGGCAACCCCUGCAGUGUCUGUCAAAUGAUUUAAAGACCAUUCAGGCCAUGCAGUAUAAGAAUACAGUUUUGUAGGAUUACAAAAAAGCCAUUACUAUGCCAGUCGAGACUACAGUUAAAAUCCCCCUGCACUGCAGCAGUGCACGCCCUUUUCAUGUGAUUGUACAGUACUCAAACUUUUUCUCAUGUACAGUAAACUUUACCAUAUGACAAAGGCCUUUAUUGUGUUAAAUAACUUAGUAUCACAUAUAUACAUAUAUAUGCACCUAUAUAAUGUGUAUAUAUAUAAAUGCAGCCAUUGCUAUUGCAAUUCAUUUAAUAAAGCUUUAGUUUAAAAACCAAGCAUUGUGUACAGGAGCUAGGAGAGUGCAGGAGGCCUUUUCAGCUGCAAAGGCAGGUUGCUUUAAUGUCAUUCUGACCUGCGUUGUUUGCCAAGAGACUAUUUUAUAAUUUUGUUAUUAAAACAUCCAGGGAGAUUUCAUCUUUGUUCCUAGAUGUACUCAUUUGAAUAGGUUUUGCACUCCUUACUCAGCAGUAUAUAAAGCUAACCUUGAUCACUUUACCUUUUGUUAAUUAUCUAAAUGGGAAAUACCAUUAGCUGAGCCCCACAUACAGCACACUGAGCGGAGUUUAACCAUCGAUCAUUGUAGGUUCAAAGUCUUCUUCCAAAGCUGCAAGCCAAUCAAUGUAACUGUAGCUGGGGAGGAGGGGAAGUCCCCAGAAGUGUCGAUGUGGCCUUAUUUGUGUCAUACAUCACCCUACAGCAAACACAUAACAACCAUACUGGGCUCUCAUCUGAACCCCUUCUCUACCCGCUUCUACUUGGCGGUAUUCUGUUCUUUUAAGAUCAGUGCCAAGGGUGUCAGCAAAAACCAGUGCCUCUUUGUGCACACUCCUCUAAAAGUAGCAUUCUUAUCUGUUAGAAACAUAGAAUGAGUUUCAUCUGUAAUCCUUAAACUCGACGUGGUAAGUAGGAAGCAGGGAUUUACCCUGUGUUUUCAGGCAGCCGUACGCUUACUUUAAUCUCAUUCAUUCUGUGGCUAGGAUUGCUAGAGGAUCCAGCCUACGUGAUUUGCUUUAGGAGCAGUUAAGAGGUAUAUUCUUAAGGUGUAUUCUAUUUUGAUCUAAUUCUGUUUGGGGAGCAUCUCGUACUGUCACUGUUUUUGUACUAAAUCUUCAAAUAUUGUCUACUGUGUCAGGCAGAAAACUUUAUUCUCAUGAGCAACCACUUUGUUUCCAGGGUGACGAGUCCCACGGUGCAUGCACACCUUGUUCCCCUGUGAAGUUCAUGUUCUCAUUUCCAACUCUGAUUUUCAAACAGAAAAGUCUUGACAGCUAUAUAGGGGCACCCCAGAUGCUGCAGUGACUUCAGCUAUCAACAAACUGUUAACCAUGUACAAUACUGGAAAUAGGCGGAUUUUGAUGUAUUGCCUAUUCUACAAGUACACAAAACAUUUUGGAGGCCUCAGUUAUGAGUGGCAGAGCUUUCUGUGUAUAAUUUGUCUACAUAAUUUGUCUAAUAAAAACGUUUUCUAAA